UAAAGAUAUUAGAGAAAAAGGAAAGCGAGCCGAUCCACAUGGCACCGCCGUACAUGGUUGUUGCAGACCGAAAAUAGAAGUUCAAAAGUUUCCAUUAGUCAGCACCAUUUGUCUGCAAUUAGAUGUAAACAAUCUCCUCCAUCAAGGCACCUUUAUUUCUAAUGGCACCACCAUUCUUACUUUGCUUCUUCUUCAUCUUCUUUCUCCUCGCAUCUCGAUCAAUCGAAUCCCAAAAACAUGCCGCUGCUGCGCUCUUCGUCUUCGGAGACUCGUUCUUUGAUCCUGGAAAUAACAACUACAUUAACACCACCACUCUCGACCAGUCUAAUUUUCCUCCAUACGGAGAAACAUUCUUCCGCUUCCCCACCGGCCGCUUCUCCGACGGCCGUAUCAUUCCUGAUUUCAUCUUGAAGUACGCCAAGUUGCCCUUGAUUCCGCCGUAUAUGGAGCCUGACAGCCGGAGGUAUUACAAGAUCGGAGCCAACUUUGCAUCCGCAGGAGCAGGUGCUCUUGUUGAAACGUUUCAGGGAUCGGUAAUCAGUCUUCAAACCCAGUUAAGCAAUCACAAGAAGGUGGUGAAUCGAUUGAGAAAGAUUUAUGGGAACACUGAGGCUAGUGACACAUUGUCAAAAGCUGUCUAUUUGUUUAGCAUUGGAACAAACGAUUACGCAAGCCCAUACUUGAUUACCAACUCCACUAAUUUCACCUCCUCAUACUCCAACUCCCUCCUUGUAAAAAUUGUUCUUGGUAAUUUAACAACCGCUAUAAAAGAGUUGCACAAAAGAGGAGGCAGAAAAUUUGGGUUUCUGAAUUUGGGUCCAUUGGGUUGUAUUCCAGGGAUGAGGAUACUUCUUAAUCCAUUAAGUAAAUCCGUUGGGUGUGUAAAGGAGGCUUCAUUGCUAGCAAAACUACAUAACCAAGAGCUUGCAAAGUUGCUAAAAAGAUUAGCAAAGCAACUGCAUGGAUUCAGAUAUUCUCUAUACGACUUCAGUAGCAAUAUCAAGCAUAGAAUAAAACAUCCAUCCAUAUACGGUUACAAGGAAGGGAAAGUGGCAUGUUGUGGGACAGGGCGGUUUAGAGGAACGUUUAGCUGUGGAGGGAGGAGGCCGGUGAAAGAAUUUGAAGUGUGCGAGAAUCCUAAAGAGUAUGUGUUUUGGGACUCUUAUCAUUUCACUGAAAGAGUUUAUGAAGAAAUGGCUCAUGAAAUGUGGAACAAAGAAGCAAGUAGAGGAACUUACAAUCUCAAAGCUCUCUUCCAAUGACCAUGAUAAUUUCCCAUCUUUCUAGGUUGAGCUUCUAAUAUAUAUAUAGAAAUUUUAAUUCUAUCAACUUCAUUUUAGAUCACAUUCUUGACCUUAUUUUGUAAAGAAAAGGGACAUGUUAUAUAGAUUGAAAUUAUAAGUUUUAUGCGUGU